AUGCCGUGCUGCGGUUCCAGCGCCGCAAAUACAGGAAGUCCACGGGCAACUCGAUUGCCGGCUUCUUCUGCGGCCUAUGAAGCAGCUGAGAGGUUUGGAUGUCCACAGUUCGUUGCCGGAGACCUCGGCGACGAUGGGUUCCCGGUCACCGACGGUCAUCAAGAGCGAGCGGGUCAUGAAGAAGGGCAGGCUGCGUUCUUGGAAGACGAAGGGCGCGCAGCCGCCCUCGCUGCCGGCGAGGAUCCUGAUCAGCCCAAGUACAACGGCGUUGUGCUGAUGGCAGCGGUGAAAGAAGAUGUGCGCGACAUUGGCAAGAACAUCGUGAGAAUUGUCAUGGGCUGCAACAACUUCAAGGUGAUCGACAUGGGUGUAAUGGUGCCCUGCGAAAACAUCCUGGAGAAGGCCGUCGAGGGCAGAUGUGUGCACAGCAAAAUCCCAGUUGAAAGUGGAUGUCAUUGGACUUUCCGGGCUCAUCACACCCUCCUUGGACGAGAUGGAUAA